AAUCCAUCCUUCCUUUUCUGUUCUGUAACUGAGCUGGUUCCGGGAGGAGUUUUGCAAGACUCAUUUCUCCUUCGUUUUGACCAGGGCUGAGCCAGUUCUUCAAACAAAAGACAGCCAGUUACUAACUUCUGGUUGCUAGGUGUGGCCUCCCUUCAUACCCUAUAAAAUCAGAAGUCCAGCCCUCCACUUUCAGACUGAAACCGUCCGAACAGAGCCUCUCUUCAGUUCCUGGGAAGACAAGAAGAUAAAAAGAUCCUUCUUUAAAAAUGGCGAUGGUAUCAGAAUUCCUCAAGCAGGCCUGUUUUAUUGACAGUCAAGAACAGGAAUAUGUUCAAGCUGUAAAAUCAUCCAAAGGUGGUCCUGGGUCAGCAGUGAGCCCCUAUCCUUCCUUCAAUCCAUCCUCGGAUGUUGCUGCCUUGCACAAAGCUAUCAUGGUUAAAGGUGUGGAUGAAGCAACUAUCAUUGACAUUCUUACCAAGAGAACCAAUGCUCAGCGCCAGCAGAUCAAGGCAGCAUAUUUGCAGGAGACUGGAAAGCCCCUGGAUGAAACUUUGAGAAAGGCACUUACAGGCCACCUGGAGGAGGUUGUUUUGGCUCUGCUCAAGACUCCAGCCCAGUUUGAUGCAGAUGAACUCCGUGCUUCCAUGAAGGGACUUGGAACAGAUGAAGACACUCUCAUUGAGAUUUUGGUGUCAAGAAAUAACAAAGAAAUCAGAGAAAUUAACAGAGUCUACAGAGAAGAGCUAAAGAGAGAUCUGGCCAAAGACAUCACUUCAGAUACAUCUGGAGACUUUCGGAAGGCUUUGCUCUCUCUUGCCAAGGGUGACCGUUGUGAGGAUUUCAGUGUGAAUCAAGAUUUGGCUGAUACAGACGCCAGGGCUUUGUAUGAAGCUGGAGAAAGGAGAAAGGGGACUGAUGCGAAUGUGUUCAUUACAAUUAUGACAGCUAGAAGCUUUAGUCAUCUUCGCAGAGUGUUUCAGAAUUACAGGAAGUACAGUGACCAUGACAUGAACAAAGUUCUGGAUCUGGAAAUGAAGGGUGACAUCGAGAAGUGCCUCACAGCCCUUGUGAAAUGUGCCACCAGCACCCCAGCUUUCUUUGCUGAGAAACUUUACGAAGCCAUGAAGGGAGCUGGAACUCGCCAUAAGGCAUUGAUCAGGAUUAUGGUCUCCCGUUCUGAAAUUGACAUGAAUGAAAUCAAAGUAUUUUACCAGAAGAAGUAUGGAAUCUCUCUUUGCCAAGCCAUCCUGGAUGAAACCAAAGGAGACUAUGAAAAAAUCUUGGUGGCUCUGUGUGGUGGAAACUAGAUGUCCCUGCUGCUCUGAAGCAGUGAUGAGGACAUCUCUUAGCUGCGUUCCCUCUAUCACAUAGGCUUAAGUAGGAGAGUUGCUUUAGCAGAUGACAAUCUAAUUAUCAACUUUUAAUAAUAUAGCAUAUAAGUUUUACAUCAUACCUCUGUACAAUAGAGAAACACUUGUUUUAUUAAUUAUCUUUAUCCCAAAUUAUAUCCCUGUAAGGAAUUCACUGUGUUAGCAUUCCUGAGAAAUAAGUUUAUGUAGACUAAAAUAAAACAAUUUUAUAAGACAA